AUGAGUGACUUCAAGGCCCUUCGUGUGCUGUUCAAGUCUCCUGUCACUGACGACAUGAUUCGGUUUUUGACAAACACCACGCUGCGCGUGAUACCAUGCGCGAAGGAAUCGAGAAGCACGUACCCUUCGCCUCCGGCAAGUCCCUCUGAAAGUGGGAAAAGGUCUCUGCCAUCGCUGAUGACAUUUAUCACGCGGCUGGUCCGCUACACCAACGUUUACACAUCGACGCUUCUCACGGCCACUUGCUACCUGCACAAAUUGCAAAAAAUUCUGCCCAAAGACGCUCACGGUCUGCCCUCGACUAGCCACCGCAUUUUCUUGGCGUGCUUAAUCCUUAGUGCCAAAUACCAUAACGACUCUUCGCCCCAAAACAAGCAUUGGGCAGAGUACACGGACGGGGUGUUCUGUCUGGAGGACGUGAAUCUGAUGGAGCGCCAGCUUUUACAGCUGCUGAACUGGGACUUGCGGGUCGAGGAACCCAUGCUCUGCGACUCACUGGAACCUUUGCUGGAGCCAAUCAGAUACGAUCUGGAGAGAUCUCGCAAAAUAAUGGCUCGCAACCAAUACCACCAGCGCAACAUGAGUGCUUCUUCGAGCACCAGCACACUUGUCGGCACACCAAGCCUGCAGGCUCUCAAGUCUCUGCCGGCCCUGCCCAAGCUGCCAUCGCUGCCCAGACUUGCGUCGUGGUCGUCCAUAUCGACGCCCAAGACGCUGCCGAACAAGCUGGCGCCGCAGCUGGACUCUUCAAAUAUAUAUACACGCAGCGACUACAGUACCGCUACGCUGGUAUAG